GAAGACGCCGAGGGCGGAACCGCGGCCGCCUCGUGGAGGCAGAGUCGGGCCCCGGGCAGACACCGCCAGCUCGGCCGCUGUCGCCGCCGCCGCUGCCGCCAUCUCCUUGAUCCCCCACCCCCCGCCAUGGCCGAGGAACUCUCCGCAGCCACGUCCUACACCGAAGAUGAUUUCUACUGCCCUGUCUGUCAGGAGGUGCUCAAAACGCCUGUGAGGACCGCGGCCUGUCAGCACGUUUUCUGUAGAAAAUGUUUCCUGACUGCAAUGAGAGAAAGCGGAAUACAUUGUCCCCUCUGUCGUGGAAAUGUGACUAGAAGAGAGAGAGCAUGUCCUGAACGGGCCUUAGACCUUGAAAAUAUCAUGAGGAAGUUUUCUGGUAGCUGCAGAUGCUGUGCAAAACAGAUUAAAUUCUAUCGCAUGAGACAUCAUUACAAAUCUUGUAAGAAGUAUCAAGAUGAAUAUGGUGUUUCUUCUAUCAUUCCAAACUUUCAGAUCUCUCAAGAUUCAGUAGGGAACAGUAAUAGGAGUGAAACAUCUACAUCUGAUAACACAGAAACUUAUCAAGAGAAUACAAGUUCUUCUGGGCAUCCUACCUUUAAGUGUCCCUUGUGUCAAGAAUCAAAUUUUACCAGACAGCGUUUACUGGAUCAUUGUAACAGUAAUCACCUAUUUCAGAUAGUUCCUGUGACCUGUCCUAUUUGUGUGUCACUUCCUUGGGGAGAUCCUAGCCAGAUUACUAGAAAUUUCGUUAGUCAUCUAAAUCAAAGACAUCAGUUUGAUUAUGGAGAAUUUGUGAAUCUUCAGCUAGAUGAGGAAACCCAGUAUCAAACUGCUGUUGAAGAAUCUUUUCAAGUAAACAUCUGAAGGCUAUAGACAUCUCUGCAUCUUUGUACCUGCAAGUGCCAUCUUUAAGGGGAAAACUACAUGAAGUCACCGUUUCAGUAACUUGACGUGUAUAUUAAUAAAAGUAAUUCAGUCUGUUGAUUUAGUUUUUUAAUUAAAAAAUAAAGGUGGGCUAUCUGAAAACUUCAUCUUUUUGAUAAGUUAAAAAUGAAAGUUAGGACAUUAUCUUUAAAAAUAUUGAAAUGGACAAAAGGGAUUCCAUGUUGUACUUCUCUUUUUUUAUAUUACACAGUCUUAAAUUUUUCCUUAUGUUGCUUUUGGAAUUUGGUGCAGUUCCUCCCAUGGACGUUCUUGUACACAGGUAACACACAGUAGCACACUCUGAAAGAUGUGAUUGAUAGAAACCUACUAAAUCUGAGCCAGUUACCAGAGUUGCAGAAUGGAGACUUGAAGUGCUAAAUGAAACAAUCCAAAGGAAACUUUUUUAAUACAGAUUCUAGCUGAAGAAUCCAACUAUAAGAAAAUUGUAUUUAUAUAAUGUUUAGUAUUUUUGAAGACUAGUGAGAUUUCUUUAAUAAUUAUAACUCUUUAAAAAGUGAAAGUUCAUUGUAAAGGUAUUUCCUUUUUGCCUUAGAAGGAAAUACUAAGAGAAAAAUUUAUUUCUUAGGUGGGAGGUUGGUAAUUUCAAAUCUUGUUUGUUUGGCCGACUAAUUUGUAAGCCUAAAGUAUAUUAAGCAAAAUUAUAGCUCUUUGUCCUCAAAAUUUUCUAGCCGGUAUUUCUCUUUAGCUAAGAUGAAACUUUGACUAGAAACUCCCAGUUGGUGAUAUCAUAUUCUACAGGUAUGUUUAAAUGAAAGGUUUGGUUUCAUUUCAGUUUAGAAACUCAUUGAAAGCUAAAGAUGUGUAUGUAUAUAUGCAUACACUUUUUUAUGUAUUUACACACACAUAUGCAUGCAAUUUGUCAGGUUAUAUACAGAAUUUCUAUUAAGAUUUUAAAAAUGGACAAGCAAUAUGGGAUUGAAUAUCUGAUUUGAUUAAAAUUUUUUAUAUCACCAAAUUUUUAAAAAGUAACGGCCAAAUGCUAAGUGGUUUAGUUGGCUACUGUUACACCUUAAAGUUGAUUUACACACAUAAUUACCUUGUUUAUAUGGUGCUCAUUUGUUAUUCUCAAAGAUAAUGCAUGACUAUGAAGUAAUGAGAUUGAUGCUACCAGCCACUCUGUUUCACUACUUCUUAGUCAACACUGGGUUUGUUCUUAGUAUUUAUUAAUAAGAAUCAUAAAAUAACUUGUACUAGAAGGCCUAAAUCACAGAAUGAAAGAGGAAGUGUGUAUUAGCUGACAUUCCAUACUAAUAUGCAUUGUUUAUGUUUAUGCUUUCUUUAAAAUAACUAAAAGAACAUAAAAUCUCAGAAAUAGUUUGCUGCUAAUAUAUACAUAUAUUGUAUGAAAGGGUAUAUUUUGGUUUUGUUAAAACCCUUGUUGACUUUUCUACAGUGAACAUUUUUUUUAACUUGAUUUAAUAAAAAUGUUAAUUUUGAAAGUGGAGUUUUGUAAAAACCUUUUUCAGUCAAACAAUGACUAUGGUAGUAAUAACAAUCACCAAAAAGCCAUACAUCUUGAUGAGCAUAUGCCUUUGUUCUGUCAUUCGAAAGAGUGAUGUUUACUAUGUGCUUGAACAUUUUCUCUGCAGUUACAUGAGUGUAAUUGUAAGAAUAGCUGUUAAUGGACUCUUUUUAAAAAGAUUUUUGACCAUAGGUUUUUCCAGUUUAAAGCAAUAACUUUAUUACUUUCUUUCAAAGUUAAUACUUCUAGUAUAUCAAGUUUUAAACCAUUCUGAGAUUUGAGAACUUCUUUAAAGGAAAAUUGUAGUAGAGAUCAUCUUGAUGAAAUUGUGUUUGGAAGUUUGUGGAUUAGUUAAAUAUCAAUAAUAGUCUUGUGUGUCUUUCCUAUAAACUUUUCUUAAGGAAAAUAUUGCCUAUUUGCUAUUACCUGGGAACUCCUCAGUAUGGAAAUGUUUGUUUAAUCUCACCUUUUGUCAGUGGGUUAGGAAUGGGGACAAGCUUUACAGAUUUGCAGUUUAAAUUAAUGAGAAAGUCCUUAUUUUUAAUAUGCUUAUAGCUGAGUCAAAAUAAAGGAGGGAAACUAUUGAUUGCUGAUACCCAAAUUUCACAAUACCACUUCUAGGAAAGCGAUUUCCCUCAGCAAGUUACAGUUUAUGUUGUUAAACAGAGUCUUAUUUGAGAUGUAUUGCUUUAUUUUUCAAUUAAAAGUGGUUUUCUCCUACUUGUGUGUCUAAUUAAAAUUUUGUCUAGAGGCAAACAUGAUAGCAUUUAAUUCUCAUAACUCACCCUGGAAGACAUGUAGGAGAUAACUCAUUAUUUUGCUCUUGAAAAAGUGGAUAGGAGAAAGCUACCACAUGCUGAUGCUAUACGUUGCAUUUAACUUUAUAAACCUAUUCUAUCUUUAUUUCAAAUGUUAAUCAAUUUAUAAGGCUAUUUGUCAAGUGUUUAUGCCGCAAGAUUUUCAAAUCCUGUUAGCAACCAGGCAGAAAGCUAGUUAACUGGUUAAUAAACACUUUUAGAUGGAGAAGUUACCCUUAAGUAAGAUAUUAGGGUUGUAAGAACAUCUUGCCAAAUACAAUGUCAUAUACCUUUUGGGUUGCUUAAGAAGUAUUAACUAUAAUCUUCAUUGAAUCAUAACUUUUAUGGAAAUCUGUUACGGCUGCUGCUCAAAAGAAUAAACCUUUUGAGGAGCUGAUGACAUUUUAGCCUUUGUGACCCAGAAAACAUGUAAAUACAUGUAGUAUAAAACUGAUGAUAGAAACAUGAAUAAAGUACUCAUUCCAUGA